AUGGAGGGCCUCAAGUUGACGGGAUACUUCCGUGGCUGCUUCUGUGGCUCCAAGUGGGGCAAGGCGCGGAAAGAGCAGAACUGGACGCUCUUGUGCAAAACGGUUCCUGCGAUCUGCAAGCGGUUCAAGGAGUUGCCAAACAGCGUGCGGCGCAUCCUGAACAUGUCGCACUUAAAGAAUGAGUGGGGCUACACCCAGAAGGCGGACAGCGUGCAUAUCCCGUACCCGCUGCAGGUUUGCAUUGAAGAUAUGGUGAUGGAGCGCAUCGUGCUUGGUGAGGAGGUCACCAUGCAGUUUGUGGCCAACACAAUGUCCUUUGCCAUCGACCUCUGGAACGAAUCUGUAGGCACCAUGCAGAAUUUGUUCUAUGAGAAGAGCCUGGAGAUGCUGCAACAGCAAGAUGCAAACUUUGCCAACCUCAGUGAGGAUGCGUUGGUCAUGAUGGACCAAGCUGGGGCGCACAUUUCGAAGACCUAUCGAAAGCUCCAAAUGCAGUGGCAUAACAAGCUCGUGUGGCUUGCUUGGCACCAGCGCGGGUAUACAUCCCAGCUGGACAUCGCACGGUGGCUCUUUGACGGAAAUCAACAGAGUGUGAUCGCUCAGCUUCAGCGGAGCCGUGACUCCAUGACACGACUAUGCCACCUCACCGAGCUUCCUGAGUUUGCCGGCGAGGAAGAUGGGGAGAUGGAGCACAUGCGCAUGCAUCAGAUUGAUGGUGAGACCUCGUACCAGUGGGCCAUCCAGCUGAACGAGGACGUCAGCAGCCGUCGCUUGCUCCCGGAAUACGUUGGCAAGAUUCUGGGGAUGAGGGUGUGCAAGUUUGCCCAAGAGCAUGCCAGCUGGGAGGGGGCCAUCCGCAAGCGUGCUGAGAUGGGCAAGCCGCUUACCAACACCCAGCAGGUCAGGCACACCGUUUUUCUAGCAAGCGCGCAGGAGAAGCUGAUUUUCUGCAAGCGACGGAAACGCCUGAUCUGCGACGCAAAGCAAGUCAACAAGGAGUGUUUUGCCUUGGAGCUCAACCUGAGCGAUGAUGCCACCAAGCUGACACUUGCACCGGUGAGGGGAACUGCACACAGGCUCGUGCUGCUCAAGGCCGGCACUAUGGAUGCCGCCGCGUUGAUUCCUUCCGAGUUGGACAGGCCGGUUCCUGGAGAUAUCGUUCCCGAUGACCAAUCAGAUGGCGACGUGGAGAACGAGGGGGAGCCGCUGGGUGAAGACCAGAUCCGCGACUAUGCGGAUCAGAUGCACCAGUUCAACAACCCGGCUGAUGCAAUUGAGGAGGAGGCCGGUGUCGACGUCUUGGCAGACAGCGAUGACGACCUGGAAGCACUUGGCCUGAGCCAUGUCUGA